AUGUGUGGCUACUACGGAAACUACUACGGGGGCCUCGGCUCCGGAUGCUGUGGCUACGGCGGCCUGGGCUACGGCUGGGGCUCCUACUACGGCCGUGGCUACGGCUGUGGCUGUGGCUGUGGCUACGGCCGUGGCUAUGGCUGUGGCUGUGGGUAUGGCUGUGGAUACGGCUGUGGCUGUGGCUACGGCCGUGGCUAUGGCUACGGCUCUCUCUGUGGCUGUGGCUAUGGCUGUGGCCGUGGCUACGGCUCUGGCUGUGGCUACUACUAUUGA